CAUAAGUUCACAACAAAAUAAAGAAAAAAGAGAGUUAUUACAGAGAUUGAUCGGGAGGGUGAGAGAUGAAAGGGGUAGCUGGAGGGCCAUUGCUGUGCAUAGGGGAUUUGUUAAGCGAUCUUGAAGAGAAAGAAGAAAAGGAAGAAGAAGAAGAAGAUCAUUAUAAACAAUCACUUGUCUCGUCUUCUUCUUCUUCAAUUUUUGAUUCCAGUGAUACUUUUCAAUCCUCCUCCUUGGAUUUAACCAAGCUCUUCCAGGAAAACUAUGGCCACUUGAACAAGGCACUUGUUGGAACAGAUCACUCUUGGACGGCUCUGACUCUAAAGUUAUGCACUUCUCUAGGAACUGCAACUGAGUUGAUCCGGUCUACCAACUCAAAUGUUGCAUCGUUAUCUGAAAGAGUUCAAGAGCUUGAGAAAAUUGUCAAGAGAGGAGAUUCUGCUGUUGCAGCUGCCAAGGCUGUUCAUGUUUCUCUAAACCAAAAGGAUGAUUUACUUAGUGGCAGUCAAAAUGUCCAGUAGUUUAUGUCUCUUUUGAACAUGGCUGGUUCUGGCAUUAUUUGAGUCUGGUGCUGUGUAAAGCUUGUGGAGAUCAACCAUCCAAGGCCACUGUAAAUUUUUGCUUCAUAGGCACAUGAGAGUUUUGGUGCUACUCAAGUCAAGAACCAACAUAACAAUGAAUCACUGCCAAUGGGGAAGUUUCCUGCAAUUGCUUUGUCCUGGAAUUAGAUGUUACCUAGACACCCCGUUCCAAGAACCCCAUUCCUUUAUUUUUGUGAUAAUUAAUGAUGGUAUUAUAGGGAAUACGGACUCAUUUUCACUGGAAUUCAAUAAGUUGUUCAGAUUGUCAAAAUGAUGGAUUAUAUGAAACAGAUUUGUUGUUCCUGGAAUGUUAAACUGAUGCCAUAACCUCACCAAAUGAGGCCCUUCUACCAAUAUAAAAGAAAAACGACAAUUGCUUCUA